AUGGUUCAGAAGAACGUAGUAGCGUUACCCCUCGCUAAUCGUUUUACAGAGAACGAGCGGAUGCGAAAGUUAGCAACACGUUCUGCCUCGUCGGACGAGUGGAGUUUCACGCGACCAGACGAGGCUGACAGGUCAAGAGAAUUUGCAGCAAGACUUGAGCAAGCCUGGAGCAUAAGAAAGAACCAGGGUCCUGUCGCAUGCGAGGAGUGCAUGGCUCAGGGCUGUAUCGAGUGCAAGUGGUGCCGUGGGACUGGCUAUUUUAUUGUGGGAGACAGUCUGCUAUGCUCGGUAUCCUCACGGAGCAGUACUUGCGUAAUCUGCGGCGGGAAGGGUACUCAAAUCUGCCAUCGCGAUCUGAAGCUUGAAAACACUCUUUUGGAUGGAAGUCCUGCACCCCGUCUGAAAAUUUGCGAUUUCGGUUACUCAAAGUCCUCCCUGCUUCAUUCACAACCGAAAUCCACCGUGGGCACUCCAGCCUACAUUGCACCUGAAGUUCUCUCAAAGAAGGAGUAUGAUGGAAAGACUGCUGACGUGUGGUCUUGUGGAGUCACACUAUACGUCAUGCUUGUAGGGGCUUAUCCCUUUGAGGACCCUGAUGACCCACGAAACUUCAGGAAAACCAUUGGUCGCAUCAUGAGUGUCCAGUAUCACGUUCCACCGUAUGUGCGCCUCUCUCCGGAAUGCAAGCACCUCUUGUCAAGAAUCUUCACAGCAAACCCUACAAAGCGCAUCACAAUGCCGGAAAUCAAGAGGCACCCUUGGUUCUUGCGGAACCUGCCAGCAGAUCUGAUGCAUGAAAAUGACCCGGGUUACCAGUACGAUGAUCCUAACCACCCGCCUCAAAGCAUCGAGGAGAUCAUGAGGAUAUUGCAGGAAGCUCGGGUUCCAGGCAUUGCUCAGCCUUCUGGCGAUGGUUACCUCAACGAUGACAGGGAUGACGAGAGAGAUGAUGAGGACAUGGACAAUGACAUGGAUGACUUCGAGGGCAGUGGAGAGUUUGUCAAUGCUCUUUAA